AUGGUAGACAACCAUGAGGGCAGUUUAAUCAACACUGCUUGCUGGGAUGGUGAUGGAACUGCUCAAAUUGUUGUCAGUGUCUCUGGGCUAGUCAGGAAAGGAGGUUCUCGAGAAUGCCAGGAUGAUGGAGAUCAUGAAGUGAGCGCCAAGAAAUGUCGAACCGAAGACACCAACGUCUGUAAGAAAUGCUGUGCUGAGUUCUUCGAUCUGUCCAAGUUCCUCGAGCACAGGAAAAAUUGCACUAAAAACCCACCCGUUUUGAUUAUGAAUGAAGGCGAGAGAGGAAUGCCUCCAAAAGACUGCCCAGAAUCCUGUCCGGAAACCUUUACCAGCAACCAAAUGGAAGGUCAGACCUCGAGUGAUCAGUCCAAGAGCAGUGGUAGCUCUGACGGGAGGAUGGACGAAGAGAGCGAACCUGCUGAGAUGGAUACUGAUCAUAAUAACGUAGAAUCUCAGAACGCAUGUGCCUCAAAUGCUGCUGCCGCCACCGCCAGUUUACAUCAGUCCUCUGACGUGAGCACCGUGCCCCAAUCCAAAAUCCCCAACACUAACGUCACAUUAGAGACCAUUCAGAACACUAGCGUGGCAGUGACUCAGCACGUUCCUGACCACGUGCCUUCCAACAAUUCCAACGCGACCGGAAGUGUGAACGUCAUUCCCAUCCUGCUCGAGCAACUGGUCUGCUUGCAGCAGCAACAGCUCCAGCAGAUCCAGCUCACUGAACAAAUCCGCAUCCAAGUGGCGAUGAUGGCUCCUCAUUCCCUGCACCCCUCGAUUGUGGCAGCCGCAGAUCCGCUCAAAGCCCUGGGGACCCACCUGUCGCAACAGCUUUCUGCUGCCGCUGCUUUAAUUGGGCAGAAAGUCGGGAACCAAAGCUUUACCCUGGAAGGGUUCAAACCAGUUCAACUACCUCGUUCUUCGGUUGGCGUCAUCCCAACGCCUUUCGCCAAAGGUUUGCACCUGUCCGAGUCAGGCUCUCUGCAGACUGUCGGCCUGCUGUCCUCGCUAACCUCCAAGCCCGAUCCCAUCUCGCGCUCCGAAGUGGGGCUGAAACCCGGCUCGGCCAUCCGAUUCCCGAACCCGCUGCUACCUCAGUCGCCAAACGCCGUGUCGUUCCACAACUCGCUGUCGGGCCUGUCGGCGGCGUCCGCUGCCCGGAACCAGAAAGGUAAGCCUCCCAAUGUCGCCGUGUUUGAGACCAAGUCCAGUUCCGAGGAGUCCUUUUUCAAACACAAGUGCAAGUUUUGCGGCAAGGUGUUUGGAAACGACAGCGCUCUGCAGAUUCACAUCCGCUCGCACACCGGGGAAAGACCGUACAAAUGUAACAUCUGUGGCAAUCGCUUCACCACCAAAGGAAACCUGAAGGUCCACUUCCAGCGCCACAAGGAGAAGUACCCUCACAUCCGGAUGAACCCCUAUCCCGUUCCUGAACACCUGGACAAUGUUCCCACCAGCAGCGGCAUUCCCUACGGCAUGUCCAUACCGCCCGAGAGUUCAGCAAAUUGGGUGGACACCAAGCCCGUCUUGCAAACAUUGUCGAAUUCCGUGGGGUUGAACCUAUCCAGCGGUUUUGAGGAAACAUCCGACAAAGCUCCCGUCAGUGACUUUCUGCAACGACAGUCACCGACGGUUAGUGAAUCUGCCUCCAUGUCGUCCAAUGUCAGCAACUACGAGGUUAACCUGGAUGUCCAGCCCAGCAAGCCCACCGCCGAAAACGGCAACGCCCUUAAUCUGGCCGCAUCCACAUCCGAAUCACUGAAGGCUAAGCCGUCUCUUGGUAACGUGUUCGACGAGAACGGCCAAGCGUCUGAGACCUCCAAGUUGCAGCAGUUGGUGGAGAACAUAGACAAAAUGACAAACGACCCGAAUGAAUGUGCCGUGUGCCACCGUAUACUGAGCUGCCAGAGCUCGCUCAAAAUGCAUUACCGCACCCACACUGGGGAAAGGCCGUUCAAAUGUAAAAUCUGUGGCAGGGCUUUCUCGACCAAAGGCAACCUCAAGACUCACUACGGGGUUCACAGGGCAAAGCCACCUUUGCGAGUGCAACAUUCAUGCCCCAUCUGCCAUAAGCGCUUCACCAAUGCCGUAGUCCUUCAGCAACACAUUCGAAUGCACAUGGGAGGGCAGAUCCCCAACACGCCUUUACCCGAGGGCUAUUACGACGGCUCUGACCCAGAGCCUCUUCUGCUCGACGAAAAUCUUGAUUUCGACAGCAGUUUCACCGACGAAAACAUGGAUGAAUCGGAGUUGGAGGGCGACAAGGGUACAAAGGUGCCUCCGGCUGAGGAUUCCAAACCAGUUUUGCCUUAUAGUGACUUGCCAUCCAACUCCCCUUUGUUGGUCUUCUCAAGUAUUGCUGCUUUAGAGAGUCAGAUGAAAAUGAUCAACUCGGAUGUGGAUUUGCAGCGAAAGUCCAGUCUGAAAUCGAGUGAAAACGGUUCUCCAGAAAGUGAAGUUAUGACGAAUGAUUCCUUCUCGGCAGCUGGGGAUCAGGAAUAUCCAAUUGCACGAAGCCCAAGUGCCUCCGACUCUGCUUUGGUCCUCGCUUCAUCUCCUGUUAACUACAAUGACAAACACCAGUCUAAGUCGCCGGGAUUCCUCACCAUCUGUGAAGCUUCCAGAACCAACACCGAGCCUGCCGAGACCUCUGAUGGGGCAAAUGACGGGGCACUGGAUUUAACCUCUGGCAAUAUAUAUCGCAAAGUUAAGGAAGAAGCACCUAGCGUUCCAUUUACAAAUGGGGACUGCAGUGCUGUCCAAGUUCCUGCAGGUUCCUUUGCCAGGAUUCCUCCCGCUCUGAUUAAAGUGGAAGCGAGUGGCCAUGGAGAACGUCCAGUAAGCACCACUGCACAAUUUCUUUCCCCGUCAAGCGUGGCUCCAAUCUUGCCACCCAUUUUGGCACCUCCACCCCGCCGCACACCUAAACAACACAACUGCCCUACCUGUGGAAAGUCCUUCUCCUCCGCGAGUGCUCUGCAGAUUCAUGAACGCACGCACUCUGGUGAAAAGCCAUUUGCGUGCACCAUCUGUGGAAGAGCUUUUACAACCAAAGGAAACCUCAAGGUGCAUAUUGGAACUCACAUGUGGAAUAACUCGGCCAGACGUGGGAGGCGUCUUUCGUUAGACGGUCCUAUGGUAUUAAUAGGCAAUGACCCAAAGAAGUUCGCUGAGAUGUUCCCCAAAGAUCUAGUGGCUCCUGCGAUGAAGGUUGAGCCGACGCUAUGGAAUCACUACACCACCUCACUCACCAAUGGAUUAGUCAUGAAAACCAACGAGAUCUCCGUGAUUCAGAAUGGUGGCAUUCCUCCCCUCACUGUUAGUGUCAUGGGGAGUUCUGUGUUGAGUAACAGUGCCGCAGUCUCCAAAGCUGAGGGAACCCCACCUGCUAUUAGCCCAGUGAUGGCUGAUGAAGACAAAGCCAGCCCUGAAGGCAUUGUAACACCAACCUUCCCCCAUUUUGUGGAGGAAAGUAAAAUAGCUGUUAAUUAAAAAAAAACGAGACGUUCUUUAGCAAAUGUGCAGUUUAGAUUAGAUUUUAGUCUUUAGUUUUUUUAAAUGAAGAAGAAAAAAAGUACAACUACAAACCUCACUAUGGGCUACUAAUUUCAAAUAAACCUCAAAAGUGUAAAAUAGAUUUUUACUGUAGCUGUGUCUCUAAAUAUCAAAAUUGCUGGGUAUCUCCUAAAUUUAAGUUACGAGUACAAUCAAUGCUUUGCAAAUUUAGUGUAUAAAACUCUGGGAUUAUCUAAAGAAGAAAAAUAAAGCGGGUCUUGCAAAGUGAAGCGUUUACAAUGUUGACUUAAGUUUACAAUAUUUUUGAAGUGUACAGCCUCUUUCUCAUGAAUUUUUUUACUACAAAAAAUCGUUAUGA